UUCGAACUAGAACAUCAAGACUGUAUUCUAACCAUGCUUCGAAGUUUUUUGAAGGUGCCCCUUUGCAAGCUUUGCUCACUAAAAUUUCCUCAGAAGACACGAAGGUUUCACGCUGGUUCCACAAGAAUAAAAAUUUAAAUAAUGGGUGACGCUGCGGAAACUAAAACCGAAGAAAAUCACAUCAACUUGAAAGUUAUUGGUGGGGAUAACUCUGAGGUUCAUUUCAAAAUAAAGAAAACAACACAAUUAAAAAAAUUAAAACAAGCUUAUGCUGAUCGACAAGGAGUAGCUUUAAAUUCUCUUCGUUUUUUAUUUGAUGGCCAAAGAAUAGCAGAUGAUAUGUCACCUAAACAGCUUGAAAUGGAAGAAGGUGAUUGCAUAGAAGUGUACCAAGAACAAACAGGUGGCAGGUAACAGGAUGCAGUUGUCAUGCUGAGUAAGUACUCAUAAUACGAGAAACAAGUCCUGACUGUAAAUUUUCCUGCUAUUGCAACACAAGCGAAAAGCGACUAUUGGAAUUUUCGUGAUUUUAAUUUGAACUUGUACAUAAUGCAACAACGCUUCUUUUGUAUAUAUAUAUACAUAUCGUUUCUGUGUUGGUAUAGCGUACAAAUCGAGGCUCGUUUAUUUAUUCGGUCACUACAAUAGUCACAACGUUUUUUUCAUCUUGUUCAUCGUGUUGUGGCAAUAAUUAUAUUUUGUUUUUAUUAA